UCGUCUGAGAGAGAGGAAGCACGACGGAGUUCCUGCUCUGUGGGAAAAGACUGUGUGAAUUGAUUUGUCAGAUGUGAGGAUGAAGAAAAUACAUAUUUCUGGCUCCUGUUGGGCCAAAAGAAGCGUCUUCUUGCUCGCGAUGGACUCCAUGGCAACGGUUUGAUGAAGAGCGCCGAUUUGGGAACUCGCCUGCGACAGAAAUGCCCGGGGGCCAGUACCAGGUGCCGAGCCCAAAGUUCCACCACAGCCACUACAGCCUGACGGACAGCUCCGUCGCCCCCUCCGAUGACGAGGAGGCCGAGGCGCCGUCGUGCCCCACGCCGCUGCAGAAGCUCAGCACGGACAUGUGCAAGGACGAGAAGACCAUCAAGGAGCUGAUCAUCGGCCGCAGGGUGGGCUUCUACAAGGUCCGGGGGGAGAUCGGUUACGGGACCUUCUCCAGGGUCAAACUGGCCUUCCACGCUCUGACUAAAGACAAAGUGGCCCUGAAGGUCCUGGACAAGACGAAGCUGGACGCCCAGGCCCAGCGGCUGCUCUCCAGGGAGAUCAGCAGCAUGGAGCAGCUGCAGCACCCCAACGUGGUGCGUCUGUACGAGGUGGUGGAGACGCCCAGCCGCCUCUACCUGGUGCUGGAGUACGCGGGAGGCGGGGACCUCCACAACCGCAUCUGCAACGAGGGCAAGUUCAACGACAACACCAGCAAGAUCACCUUCGCCCAGAUCCUCUCUGCCAUCAAGUACAUUCACAACAUCAACAUCAUCCACCGGGACCUGAAGGCGGAGAACGUCCUGUUCACCAGCGGCGGCUGCGUGAAGGUGGCCGACUUUGGCUUCAGCACGCGGGUCUCGAACCGCAACGACGCCCUCGACACCUUCUGCGGCUCGCCGCCCUACGCCGCCCCGGAGCUCUUCCGAGACGAGUGCUACCUGGGGCCCCCGGUGGACGUGUGGGCCAUGGGCGUGCUGCUCUUCUUCAUGGUGACCGGCACCAUGCCGUUCCGCGCCGAAACCAUGGGCAAGCUGCGGCGCUGCAUCAUCGACGCCGCUUACGCCAUCCCCCCCUGGGUGGCCGGCCCCUGCCAGAGGCUCAUCAGGGGCAUCUUGAAGACGGUGCCCGCCGAGCGCUACGCCGUCGACCAGAUGAUGGGCUGCGAUUGGCUCCUGCCGGUGGAGUUCCCCUGGUCGCUGGUGCGUCACGAGCCGGCGAACCCGCUGCAGAGCCUGCUGGGCUCGGAGAGCUGGGACCUGGAGGAGGAGGAGGAGAAGGAGGAGGUCAGGAGCUCGCUGGAGGAGCUCGGCUUCACCACGGAGCGCCUGCAGAACCAUCAGCCCAAAAACAGCCGCAACCCCGUCACCGGGGUGUACCGCAUCCUGCUGCACCGAGCCCAGAAGAGGAGGGGCUGCGACUGUUCCCCGGUGGUGCGAGGGGUGGUGAGGGACCCCAAAAGGGAGGGGCUCCGGGCCUACAGGGGCCUCAGACACACCUCCAAGCUCUGCGUUCUGUCAUGACAGUCUGUCAGAGACGCUUUUUAUACACAUUUCUUUUAUACCGACAAGGAACCAGUGAUUUUUUUUUUACAUUAUGUACAUUACCGUGCAGUUUUUUUCUUCCUCACAAUUUCAUGUAUUUGUUUUUUUGCUUCCAAUGCAACUUGUUGUGAUAGUCUGAGCCACCGAGUGAGAAAGUGCCUGAUGAAAGGAAAACAACAGUAAUAGUUUUAAUUUUAAUCUUGUAAAACUUGUCUUAACUACUGCAGCAGGGACAUACUGUAUAUUCUGUGGCCGCUACUCUGCUUGUUAUGUUUUUCUAGGUUUUUUUUUUGUGAUCCCUUAAAAAUAA